AUGAUUCAUUCGCAACCAAUAUCUCCAAAUACAAUAAAAAAAAUUGAUCUGCCUGAUUCAACAAUGGAAAUUACUUCCACUGUUAACAGUAUUCUUGCAAGUACUAUUACAACCGACUCAGAAGAAUCAGAAACACUUCAAGAAUCAAUUUCUUCUUUAACUUCAGGUAUUAAAACAGGUCCUAAAUGGGAUUAUUCAGCAUCAUUAUCAAAUAAUAGUCGCCAAUUAUCUAGAUCUAGUAGUUAUAAUAAUAGUAAUAUAACUUCAGGAUUAUGUUUAAAUGUCAAAGGUCAUAUAUCUAUUCCUCAACCAGAAGUUAUUCAAAAUGUCUUAUACCCAGUAUCUGACUUAGUCCAACAAAAGAUCUUACAUGAAAGAUCUCAAAUUGCGGAUCUUCUUAAUAAUGACAAUAGUAAUAAAAAUCCCCUUUUGGUAAUUGCUGGUCCAAAAUAUAUAAAAGAUAAGAAUCAAAUAAAAGCAUGUGCUCAAUAUCUCGGGAUGAAAACUGGGAAAACUUUCCAAUCAAUUCCUAAUGAAUUUCUUCCAGAAGAUAUAAAAUCAAUCUAUCAAGAUCAAUCUACAUUACCUAAUUUAUUAUUAUCCCUCAGAUCAAACUUAACCAAAUACAAUCAUGAAUAUGGAUCAACCACCAGUAACCCCUCUUCAAUCAUGACAUAUGAAAUAGCUCAAGGUAUUCCUCAAUGUCGUUCAUUACUUUGUGAAUUAGCCGAACAAGUCCCUUUAGUCGCUGAAAUCUCCGAUACAUUAACCCCACAAUAUCUUUCUGAUUUAUUCACAAUGGGAUUAGUAGGUCCUACCUUAAUGGAAUGUCAAUUACAUCGUGAAUUAGCUUCUGGAUUAUCUUGUUCUGUGGGUUUUAAUCCUGGGUUUGAUGAGGAUAUGUUUGAUCAUAAAUUAACUAGUGCGUUGGAUUCAAUUUAUGCCACUUCUCAACCUCAUCAAUUUUUGUCGAUAACUAAAUCAGGUACUGUUGCUGUUGUGGGUACAACUGGGAAUCAAGAUACUUUUGUCAUUUUACCUAUAAAUGAAAAGAUCACCUUGGAUGAGAUUGUUAAAUUUAUUGCGCAAAUUAAUGGUUAUAAGAAUUUAAAAAACAAAAUUGUCAAGAUUGUUUUGGAUAUUGAACGAGUUUCAAAUUCAGAUUAUGAAUAUAAAUUAAGCUUAUUGAAACAAUUAUUCAAGAAUCAAGAUAUUAGUCAACAAAUUGUCGGGGUAAUGAUUGAUACUGGUGAUCAUUAUGUUCCAAAUGAUUUAGAAGUUGAUUUAACUCCUGGAGAUGAACAGGAUGAAGAUGAAGAAUGGGUAAAUCUCCUUGAUGAGGAUUCAUACACUACGGAAAAUGAAAGAAAAUUAGUUGAAUUAACCAAAAAAUUAUUACAUAAGAAAUCAUUAAGAUCAAUUAGAUCAAAAAAUUCAACUACUGAUUCCUUAACAAGUUUCCAACCUAAUUCAAGUUAUGAUUAUUUCAUAAAUGCAAACAAAAUAUUAAUUGAAUUAAAUAACCUAAGAAAUUAA